CUAGCAUGAGUUGACAGAUUUGAUUAACACAAUAAAACCACAAAAGAAGAUGACUAACAGUACGAUACCUGUUGUUACAGACAGCAGCUCCAAUACUGUAAUUUAUGACAUAUCAAAGAAUGAAAAAAAGCUAAACGAAGAGUACAAAGUUUUGCAACGAAAGUUAAAAUCCAAAUGGAAAUUCAUCGAAAAUACAGAAGUAUUGACGACGGAGCAUCUAUCGAUAGGCAAAAUACUCAUGUUAGCAGGGCCAAAAAGUAAAUUUACGGAAUUGGAAGUGAACUCGAUAAGAUCGUUCAUAACUUCGGGUGGAAAUGUCUUGGUUACGCUUGGAGAAGGCGGUGAAAAAAGAUACAAUACUAAUAUAAAUUUUUUACUAGAAGAGUUUGGUAUUAUGAUAAAUAAUGACUGCGUUGCGAGGAUGACUUAUGAUAGAACAUUACACCCGAAAGAAAGUAUUAUUGUCAAAGGAUUGUCAAAUAAAUCAGUGUUUUCAAAAAACCACGAAGGUAGACAAUUCAAGCUUCUAUAUCCGUACGGAGCUACGUUAAACGUAGUAAAACCAUCUACGGUUGCAGUAUCAAGUGGCUCUAUUACUGUUCCAACGAAUCGACCAAUUUGCGCUUAUUACUCAUCACAAUCAACCGGCAAACUUAUAGUUUUAGGUUCAUCAAAACUUUUAUCUGACGCCUAUAUUGACAAAGAAAACAACGAUGUUUUUAGAGAGAUGAUUUUUGAAUUUUUUGACUCCGAAGCUAUAGAUACUUCGGAUUUACAAAGCGACGACGGAGAUUUUUGGGAGUAUAGUUUCGUUCCUGACAUUACGCAACAAGCCGAUAAACCGAAAGUCUGCACGCAAGAUUUGGACAGUGUCGAUAUUCCAAGAGAGUAUACAAAAUUAUUCAGACACGAUUUAUAUUCGAUAAAUCUAGACUUGGUUCCUGCAAGCUUGAAAGCUUACGAAGAUUUGGAUGUGAAGCACGAGCCACUGAGUUUAAUUGCUCCGAACUUUGAGACACCGUUGCCGCCGACACAAGCAUCUGUUUUCCCACCGACGUUUCAAGACCUUCCACCACCUGCUUUAGAAUUGUACGAUUUGGAUGAAGCUUUUAGUUCGAAUAAUCUGAAACUUUCACAGCUGACCAAUAAAUAUCUGACUGAUAGUGACUCGACAAAUGAAAAAGAAUUAGAUUAUUAUAUACGUGAAUUUGGCGCGAUGAUGCGCAUCAAUAGUGGUGAAACGAUAACGGCUAAGAGUAUUCUCAAUCAUGUUAUUAUGAAAAUCAGUAGUUAUAAAUCAGCUCAACACUAAUUUUAAUUGGUAAUGUAUUGUAAAAAGUCGACUGGCUCUUACGAGUGUACAUUUGUUCAUUUUGUAUCUGCUUGUUACAUAUACAUAUGAAUUAUAUAUUUUCUGUAAUAAGAAAAAAUACAUUUCUUAAUACACAGAUGUUCUAACUUCAAUAAAUUUUUCAAUAAAAAUAUUGUC